AUGGAUUCUGAUCUUUACGACGAGUUCGGUAACUACAUCGGUCCCGAGUUGGACUCGGACGACGAUGUAGGGGAUAUGGACGACAAUGUUGAAGACGACGAUCGCAGCGAUGCUGAUGAAAACGAAGAACCGGAUCGAAUGGAGGAGGAUGAGGCGGAAGAGAUUCCACAGAACCAAGUGGUGCUCCACGAAGACAAGAAGUACUACGCUUCGGCGCUGGAAGUGUACGGAGAAAAUGUCGAGACGUUGGUGCAGGAAGAGGAUGCCCAACCUCUGACUGAACCGAUUGUCAAGCCAGUCUCAAAAAAGAAGUUCCAAGCUGCGGAACACAGACUCCCAGAGACCGUCUACAAAAAGGAGUAUCUCGCAGACUUGAUGGAUUGCCCUCAUAUCAUGAGAAACGUCGCCAUUGCUGGCCAUUUGCAUCACGGAAAGACGACGUUCUUGGAUUGCCUAAUGGAGCAGACACAUCCAGAAUUCUACAGAGCCGAAGACGCAGACACUCGUUUCACCGACACUCUUUUCAUCGAACAGCAAAGAGGAUGCUCGAUCAAGUCGCAACCGGUAAGCAUUGUAGCUCAGGAUAGUCGCAGCAAAAGCUAUUUGCUAAACGUUAUUGACACUCCGGGACACGUCAACUUUUCUGAUGAAAUGACUGCUGCGUACCGCUUGUCAGAUGGAGUCGUCAUUCUGGUUGACGCUCAUGAAGGAGUCAUGAUGAACACGGAAAGAGCGAUUCGUCAUGCUAUCCAAGAACGACUAUCAGUGACGCUCUGUAUCUCGAAGAUCGAUCGUCUUCUGUUGGAAUUGAAGCUGCCACCUGCAGAUGCCUACUUCAAACUUCGACUCAUCAUCGACCAAGUGAACAAUAUUCUCAGCACGUUUGCUGAGGAAGACGUUCCAGUACUCUCGCCUCUGAACGGUAACGUCAUCUUUGCUUCCGGUCGUUACAACGUGUGCUUCUCACUCCUCUCUUUCGCAAACAUCUACGCCAAGCAGCAUGGUAAGAAUCAGCAACUAAUUUUUGAUUUUCAAUUAUUUUUUACAGGUGAUUCAUUCAAUUCAAAGGAGUUUGCUCGUCGCCUCUGGGGAGAUAUCUAUCUGGAUAAGAAGACUCGAAAGUUCGUGAAGAAAGCUCCAUCGCAUGAAGCGCCGCGAACAUUCGUGCAGUACAUACUGGAGCCGAUGUACAAAAUCUUUUCGCAAGUUGUCGGAGAUGUCGACACAUGUCUGCCGGAUGUCAUGGCUGAGCUGGGGAUUCGUUUGUCCAAAGAGGAGCAAAAGAUGAACGUCCGCCCGUUGAUCGCUCUUAUUUGCAAGAGAUUCUUCGGAGAUUUCAGCGCAUUCGUCGAUUUGGUUGUUCAGAACAUCAAGUCGCCACUGGAUAAUGCGAAAACCAAGGUCGAACAAACGUACUUGGGUCCAGCUGAUUCUCAAUUAGCUAUCGAAAUGCACAAAUGUAAUGCCGAAGGACCAUUGAUGGUGCACACCACGAAGAACUACCCAGUUGCCGAUGCCACUCAGUUCAGAGUGUUCGGAAGAGUUAUGAGUGGAACAUUAGAAGCCAACUCAGACGUUCGUGUUCUUGGAGAAAACUACAGUAUCCAAGAUGAAGAGGAUUGUCGGCGAAUGACAGUGGGACGUCUGUUUGUACACGUCGCCAGAUACCAAAUCGAAGUCUCGCGGGUUCCAGCUGGUUGUUGGGUUUUGAUCGAAGGAAUCGAUCAACCAAUCGUGAAAACCGCUACGAUCGCUGAACUUGAGUACGAAGACGACGUUUACAUUUUCCGGCCACUGAAAUUCAACACUCGCAGUUGUGUCAAGCUGGCUGUUGAACCGAUCAAUCCAUCAGAACUGCCGAAGAUGUUGGAUGGAUUGAGAAAAGUGAACAAGUCCUAUCCAUUGCUGACAACACGAGUCGAAGAAUCCGGAGAGCAUGUUCUACUCGGAACUGGAGAGUUGUACAUGGAUUGUGUUAUGCACGAUAUGAGAAAAGUCUUCUCAGAAAUUGAUAUCAAGGUCGCAGAUCCUGUGGUCACAUUCAAUGAAACAGUUAUCGAAACAAGUACACUGAAGUGCUUCGCAGAGACACCAAACAAGAAGAACAAGAUCACAAUGAUGGCCGAGCCAUUAGAAAAACAAUUGGACGAAGACAUCGAGAAUGAGGUUGUCCAAAUCGGCUGGAACCGACGGCGUCUAGGAGAAUUCUUCCAAACCAAAUACAAUUGGGAUUUGCUCGCGGCUCGUUCCAUCUGGGCGUUCGGACCUGACACGACAGGUCCCAACAUUCUUCUCGACGACACAUUGCCAUCAGAAGUCGACAAACAUCUUCUAUCGACUGUCAGAGAGUCAUUGGUUCAAGGAUUCCAAUGGGCCACCAGAGAAGGUCCCCUCUGUGAAGAACCAAUCCGUCAAGUGAAGUUUAAACUUCUGGAUGCCACGAUCGCAUCUGAGCCAUUGUACCGUGGAGGAGGUCAAAUGAUUCCAACUGCCCGUCGUUGCGCAUACUCAGCAUUCUUGAUGGCUACACCUAGGUUAAUGGAGCCAUACUAUUCCGUCGAAGUUGUCGCUCCGGCAGAUUGCGUUGCCGCCGUCUACACAGUGCUCGCUAAACGACGUGGUCACGUCACCACAGAUGCUCCAAUGCCAGGAUCACCGAUGUACACGAUCAGUGUAAGCUUACAUUCCAGUCAUGGACUCGUUCGGAUUCGAGACCGACUACGUAUUCACACCCAAGGACAAGCAUUCUGCAUGUCAGCAUUCCAUCACUGGCAACUUGUUCCAGGAGACCCGCUUGACAAGUCAAUCAUCAUUAAGACAUUGGAUGUGCAGCCGACUCCCCAUCUCGCCAGAGAAUUCAUGAUCAAAACCAGAAGACGUAAGGGACUUUCCGAGGACGUUUCUGUCAACAAGUUCUUCGACGACCCGAUGCUCCUCGAGCUGGCCAAGCAACAAGAUUAUGCCGGAUUCUAA